AAUAUUAAGAUUCGCUUAGGCAAAAGUGUUAAACAUAAAUAAAUAAUUCACAUCGUGGUUUAUGUCGACUAAAUCAAAUCAACGAUAUUGAUAUAAUACGUAAUAUUCUCUCUACCUGAUAUUGGUUAUAUCCUUCGAAGUGUCAGGCUAAAAAUCGAAGUCUGAAAAUGUAAAACUUGUGCCAGUAAUUUACCACAAAUUUUGAAUGAAACUUUCGCUGAGUGUGAAGGUCGAACGCUUUAGUCUGUCUUUUGUUUUCUCUUAAAGUUAUCCGUGUUUUCUCGUACUUCAAUAUGUCAAGAAGCGAAACAAAAUCGCACUUGACCUUUGAGGAAUCGCUUUUUUACAGAUUUCUUCUUAACUCUCAUUGACAAACGUCCAGCGUAAUAACGCCUGAAGCAACAAUCGCUUAAAAAUUGGAUAUGCAGAAAAUGGGUUAAAUUGUUAGUGUCUUACGAACUUAAUGAGUUAAGGGACACUUAUUAAGCUAGGGACUCCAUUAAACUUAUGCUUUGUUCGCGAAAUUUUCAUAAAUAGCUCGCUUGCUUUCCGACACAAAAGCAGUCACUAUAGAGCUAUCAACGCAAAGCAGAUAAUUUUAUGAGUUAACCCCAAGUCAAGGCAGAUUUUCUACGCAGACCAAUUAGGAAAUACUAGAAAAGUUAACUAAUCAUUUCGUCAAAUUUUUCAGCGUCAGAAUUUAUGAAGUUGAAGGGGAAACUAAUUUCAGCGUGGUCACAGAAAGAUGGCUGUGACAAAGAGCAGGGUUUGUGUCAUCAACUUUUCAAUUAACCCUAAUCUGCGAGCAGGGCCGGCUUCUUUUAAUCUAGCAAGAUGUGUUUUGAUUGGCCAAAAGGCGAACAGCUAAUGAGCCGACCAAUCAAUGUUCAGAAAUCUCAAAGACGUUAUUGACACAUAUGACAGUUUUAUUAGAGAUUGGUUUCCCAUUCAUGAAAAUUAGAUCGUGUCGGUCGGGUAGCGUAACAACAAUCAGCGACUGCAGUCGGGGCUGGCUUUUUUGGGUUCACAGAGACCACAAAGAGAGACAGUGAAAACACGACAAAGGAGACGCUGUGAAAGUUAUUUGUAUUAUCGGCGGGGUUCUCGAAGUUUAAGUCUAGUGUUACAGGCACUGUGACUGAAGAGAUAUGGGGGCUAAGCGUUUAGCUCUAAUCCUCUUGCUGUUUAUCACCGUGAGUGCUAUGGUGUAUGGACAGCGAUCAGAAGUACCUAACAGCAAAUGCACUCCGAUAACUAUCCCUCUUUGCAUGGGGAUCGGUUACAACGCGACGCGCUUUCCGAACUUCCUAGCGCAAGAAAGCCAAGAGGAAGCCGCGAAAAGGAUUCACGAAUUCAAACCCUUGAUUGCGGUGAAUUGCGCGCCUCUUCUACGCUUUUUUCUGUGUUCGGUUUUCGUUCCGAUGUGCACGAAGGAAGUGAACGUCCCUAUCUACGCGUGCCGGUCUAUGUGUGAGUCAGCGCGCGAUGGUUGUUCGCCGAUGAUGCAGCGUUUUGGCUUCAACUGGCCGGAUACUUUGGACUGCGAUAGACUCGCGAAGAAGGGCGACCCACGAGCUAAGAGUGACCCAACAAAGUUAUGCAUGGCGGCGCCAAACAUCAAACAAACGGCGCCUUUAAACGAAAGCGAUAUUUGGAGCAACUUCGAGUCCCUGGGCCCUGAAUUCAAAAAAAUGUUCAAGAACCUUGCGGGUAAAAUCCCGAAGAAGGAAAAGGACAAAGAUACAAAUGAACCCCCUACUGGCAAGUAUGAUAUCGACCUUAAUGGGGGGUCACUGGACAACCUUAACAAAUCGACAAUAGAAGCCCUUGCACUGCAAGCGUGUAGAAACAACACAGGUCCUCUUCGAUACAAAUACACCUAUGUCGAGAAGUACGAUCAGUGCGUCCCCCAAUGUAAAAGCGACCUGAUGUUUUCAUCCAACAACAAACGGUUCGCCAAUGUGUGGAUAUCCGUAUGGUCGGUGUUGUGCUUUAUUUCAACUGCUGUUACGGUGCUUACGUUCGUCAUCGAUACUUCUCGCUUCAAGUACCCCGAGAGACCUAUCAUAUUCUUGUCUCUCUGCUAUAAUUUGUACUCGUUAGGCUACAUCGUGCGCGUGACGGCCGGUCGUAACGAAGUCAUCUGCGACGAGACCGAGAGUUUUGUCAUCCGCGCUGGGAUGAACAUAGCGGACCAUGCAUGCUGCUCGGUCGUGUUUCUUUUGUUGUAUUAUUUCGGCAUGGCAUCGGCGGUAUGGUGGGUUGUGCUGACAUUCACGUGGUUCCUAGCAGCGGGAAGAAAAUGGGGGCAAGAAGCGAUUGAGCGAAAGGCCACGUACUUUCACGCCGUGGCUUGGACAGUACCAGCAAUACAGACUAUAAUGGCGUUGAUAAUGCGAAAAGUCGACGCGGAUGAACUGACAGGUCUUUGCUAUGUGGGAAACAUGGAUUACGAGAAUCUAGCAAACUACGUGCUAACACCACUCUGCCUGUAUCUUCUCGUAGGGACCUUUUUCCUUCUAGCAGGAUUUGUUUCGCUAUUUCGUAUCCGCACCGUGUUGAAAAACAAGGAGACGAACACAGACAAACUUGAAAAGCUCAUAGUGCGUAUUGGAGUAUUCAGUGUGCUUUAUACGAUCCCAGUUUCUGCCGUGAUCGCGUGUUCAUUCUACGAAUACAAUAAUAUGGACGUGUGGAAAGUGCGCGCGCCGUUUAACACUUAUAUUUGCCGCGGUGAUCAGGCAUGUCUUGAGAACUACGGCCCCAGUAUCGAAGUUUUCAUCGUAAAGUACUUUAUGCUCCUGAUUAUCGGUAUCACAUCUAAUAUGUGGAUUUGGUCUACAAAAACAUUCAAGUCGUGGCGGAAGUUUUACUCUAAACGAAAGGGAGGGGAGGCGAAGAAAAAAGUGGACUAUAGCGCGGGAAGCGCACCUCCUAAGAACUCCCUUCAGGUACAUAUGCCCCCCCCAUCAGUGCAACCCGUGUAUCACCACACUUCAGCCUUCGCGCCAAUCGCGCCUUCACCUGCUACUAGAUCUGUAGGGAGUUCUCCGGCACCGAACUCUUUGACAUACAGUAAAAACAGCGGGCUAAACCCCAUGGUGACUGUCUAAAUAGAACCCACAAGAGGCCAGCGGAGAGAGCUGUAAACUUGUGAACAAAGACUUUAAAGUAAGCGCUGAGAAACAAUACUCAUUGCUUCUGGAAAUGCUAUUAGGGGAUCCAGUUAAUUGGCGCUCCGGGUUGUAUAUUUUGACCCUUGACGAAUGCGGAAUCGUUUAAUUCUAUUCGCGUCGGGUCUUUGGGUGUCUCCUUGGCAAGCUAUGUAAACACCUGAACUAAAAACCGUGUGGAAAUAGGGCGCGAUUUCAUCAGACGUUUGUAAUUGGUUUUACUUUUGCCAAGAAUGUUUUUGUUUUGGAAUAGUUUAAUGAUAUCGAGCUUAUCUCUAAGAAAAACUAACACCUUCAAAUAGGCACGUGGUAUCUAGCAAUCAGUUUAAUAACUUCCAGUAAUUUUAGAUCUUUUGAUAAAGAAGACAUAACAGUAUUUUUGUUAUCGAAAAAAUCAACCAAGAAUCAGUCGUGCGUUAGGUGUAUGAAGCAAGAUGUAUUUAGUUUGAACAAUGAAAGCUUUUGUGAACUCUUUUGAAUAGGCACAUUAGGAACUAACUCCAAAAACAAACAAAUAUGUUUAUGAAUACUUUAAUAAUCAGCGAGAAUUUUUGCUUGAUUUAAUUUGAUAAACCCUUUAUCACUAUUAGACUUGGGUUCAAAGAUGUCCUCGAUUCAUGCAAAUAGCACCAGACUGCCCUGUCUAUGUAAUGAUUUGCAAUUUAAAUGAUAUAAAAGUGUCAUCGAAUUUUGCCUCGAGUGAAUCCACAUUAAAACGAUUUAGUCUAUCGUCUGUAAUUUGAUUCACGUCGCUUAAGGCAACCCUAUCUAUCACGUUCUUAAUACCCUUAUACAAAGACUAAUAAAUUGAAUUUCACUUAAAUAAAUGUAUUCGUGCUUCA